AUGCAGCAGUCCGCUCCCUCGCGCAAACGCGAUGCUCCAGGCCCAUCGCCCAUGGUGCAACAGCCUAUGACACCGCAGCCGGCGUAUCAAUUCCAACCAUAUCCCGACAACUCCGACUUCAACUUCGAUUUCUCCAAUACCUUCCCUACCGACCCGUCCUAUUCCGAUGCGAACUUCCCAGACCCAAACAACCUUGCGGCAUCCUUGAAUCCCUCGCAAACACCUACAUACGGCGGCAGCCUUGCUCCACCUCCUUCUACGGAUCUGAUUAGACGGACUAAGAAUCAGCAACUAGCGCCGCAGAACGGACAGCAAGAUCAAUGGAGUGGGUCUGGUGGUAACGCGGCUGGAAUGGGCGACGAAGACGAGCGCGAAUUGCAGAUGAAGAUCGAAUUGGCGAAGCGAGACCCCCAGGGCAAACGGAAACAGAUUCCCCCGUUUGUGCAGAAACUGAGCAGGUCGGUACCGUAUGCAAUGAUGAUGGCCCGCACAAGCUGACAGUGUGUAGCUUUCUGGACAGCGGCAACACCGAGUUGAUUCGAUGGUCAGACGACGGCAGGUCGUUCAUCGUCCUGGACGAAGAUGAAUUCGCCCGGACCUUGAUCCCCGAACUGUUCAAACACAACAACUAUGCCUCCUUCGUCCGGCAAUUGAACAUGUAUGGGUUUCAUAAGACUGUCAACAUCACGGACGGCUCACUCCGCCAAUCGGAGAAGGCUCGGAAAGGUGUAAAGCCCCCCAGCAUGUACUCUCACCCCUACUUCCGCAAGAACCGACCCGAUUUACUGUGGCUGAUCCAGAAGCCUACGGGAAAGUCUAACGCCAAGAGGAAGCGAGAUGGCACCAUCAAGGAUGGGUUUGACAGCGAUGAGGAGCGACAGUUCUCUCCCGUACCCGAUAGCAGACCCCACGGAGAGCUGGGAGCUGCCGCUGGCCAGGAUCUGGCAGCCAUGCCUCGAACGGAGCUGGCUGCUGUACGACAAGAGAUCAAGAAGCUGCAGCAACAGCAGCAGCUCAUUUCUCACAUGAUUCAGCAGCUGAAAGAGCAGAAUGACCAAUUCUACCGACAGGCCACUGCAUUCCAACAACUGCAUGACCGGCACGAGACGUCCAUCAACGCCAUCCUCACUUUCCUGGCUACCUUCUACAAUCGCAGCUUGGAUGGUCACGCUGGACAGAACUUGGUCAACAUGUUCAGCAAUAUGAACCAGAAUAGCAACCAGCAGCAACACGGCAGCGUGGUGGAAGAGUAUGACAAUCCGCCUGAAUCCGGCAAUCGUGUCCAGCGCUUUCCUAAGAAGCCACAAUUGCUUCUUACCGGCUCAGAAGCAGCUGCAGCCGAUCCGUUUGGUCGACUUGACAGGGCAGUGACAGAACCGAGCUCUGCUCGCCAUUCUGCUAGUCCUCCAAAUGCAGGCACUCCUUCCCAGCGAGACAGCACGUCAAGCGCACCUCCCCAGCGGCGCUCGAGUGUAGCUGUAGGCAGGAGUGGAGACAGCCCGCCUGUCAACAACGACACGCCAACGCCAGACCUCCUGCACCAGACUCCUGAGAAUGAGCAGAUGCUAAGUUUCAUCAAUCAAGCCAAUGCAACUAGUGCAGCAGAAUCCAAUGGGUCUGCUCCUGCUAUGGACUUCACCGACGCGUUUAGUCAGUUCAACCAAGCCAACGGUACCCAGGCACCACUGACUUCGCAACAACGCGAUGAAGUGUUGAACAGCCUGAUGGUCAACCACCCAAACUUGUCUUCACCCGACAACAAUGCCUUGACAACGCAAGCCCGACCGUUCAGUCUUGAGCAGUUCCAGAACAAUCAAGAGAGCAUGAAUCGCCUGGGGAGCAUGCAGACGGAUCUCGAAUCCAACAUUGCCCAACUUGUGGAUAGAGUCGGAUCGUACUCUCCCAGUGGCUCGAUCCCGGGGCUGAGGACGGACGAUGCAGGCGCACUCAACGAUGUGAUGGGCGACCCAGGACAAUACGAUUUCGAAGAGUUUGUCAACGAUCCAACCGCAGACGGGUGGAGCCAGUAUGCGCCCGGGCAAGGUUACGAGAACACAGGAGAUGACCUUUUCUCACUGGACAACCUCAACACCGACACCACUCACCUCGCGCCCGCCCUUGGGACUGUGGAGAGAUUGAGUAGUGAAGGCACUGGUCCUGCCACCACGGCUCAGGUGGCCGAUGAGGCAGACGCAGGGGAGCUUCAGGAGCCCGGCACGCCGAGCAAGAGACAGCGGAAAUCUUAG